AUGGGCUAUCUCAAACAAAUUGACAUUGAAAACUUCAAGUCAUGGCGAGGGAAGAAAGUAAUCGGUCCUUUUAUGAGAUUUAAUUGUAUAAUCGGGACAAACGGCUCUGGCAAAUCCAACGUGAUGGACGCCAUAAGUUUCGCCCUGGGGGAGCGGGCUGCCUGUCUUCGUGUGAAGCACCUCCGGGACCUGGUCCACGGAGCCCACAUCGGGAGGCCUGUGCCCGGCACCGCCAGGGUCUCCUUGCAGUACUGCGACCAGGAGGACCAGGAGACCGUGUUCUGCAGGAGUAUUUUUGGGGACUCUUCGGAGUAUCGCAUCAAUGGUGUACAUGUCUCUCUGGCCAAAUACUUGGAGGAGCUGCAGAAAAUCGGCAUUGUGACCAAAGCUCGAAACUGUCUGGUGUUCCAGGGGGCAGUGGAGUCCAUCGCUCUGAAGGAUCCAAAGGAGAGGACCAAGAUGUUCGAGGUCAUCAGUCAGUCUAAAGAGUAUGCUGCAGAGUAUGAUCUGAAGAAAGAGGCGCUGAUGAAGGCCAAAGAGGACACUCAGUUUCACUUCAACAAGAAGAAAUCUGCUAUUGUGGAGAGGAAACAGGUGUCGCAGGAAAAAGUAGAGGCCCAGAGGUACCAGGCACUGGUGGACGAGAUUGACGAGAACCGGCUGCAGCUGAGCCUGGCGGAGCUCUUCCACAACGAAAAGGGGGUCCGCGCCUUCAGCGACACCCUGACGGAGAAACAGCAGGUUGCAGCCGCUCAGAGCAACAAACUGAUGAACGCUGAGCAGAAGUUCAAAAGCUUCAAGAAGGAACAUGGACGCCUCAGCAGAGAGCAGCAGCAAGUGGACAAGGAGAUCCGCGUCCAGGAGCACGCCCUGUCCCAGUGUCGAUCCCAGUACAUCAAAGCCAAGGUUAACACCUCCCAUCACAUGAAGAAGGCCGAGGAGCUCUGCGCUGCUCUGAGGAAGAUUCAGAAACUGAUGGUUUUCAAAGAGCAGGAGCUGGCCGAGGGACGGAAGGAGAUCGGUGAGCUGGAGCGCUCCUGGAGGAACUACGAGAAGCAGGUCCAGCAGAAAGGAGCCGCCCUGGGGAGAGACAUCGAGCUGGACGAGAGUCAGGCGGAGCGAUACAAAGAGCUGAAGGAGAUGGCCUGGAAGCAGGGAGCCGUCUGUACGCAGCAGGCGGAGAAGCUGCACUGGGAGGUGAGAGCGGACCGGGAGAAGAUGGCGUUCGACCAGCGCAGGAAGAAGGAAGUGGAGGCUGCCAUCAGGAGCAACCAGACUCAGCUGCAGGAUCUCACACGCAGAGCAGAGAAGCUAGAAGAGUACACCAAGUCCUGCAAGUCGUCCCUGGAAGAGUUUCGUCAGAAGGAGGAGAGUCUGAGCACGGAGCUGCAGCAAGGCCGGCAGCGCAGCGAGGAGGUGAACCAGGAGCUGGGUCAGGUGCUGGAGGAGCUGGGGAACGCCCGCCUGGACAGCCAGGAGAGCCGGAGGACGCUGCAGCGCAAGGAGCUGCUGGAGAAGCUGCGCAGACUCUACCCUGACACUGUGUUUGGCCGUCUGUCUGACCUGUGCAGCCCGACCCAUAAGAAGUACCAGCUGGCCGUCAUCAAGGUGUUUGGACACUUCAUGAAUGCCAUCGUAGUGGCUUCAGAGAAAGUGGCCCGGGACUGCAUCACUUUCAUCAAGGAGGAGCGAGCUGAACGUGAAACCUUCCUGCCCAUCGACUACUUGGAUGUGAUUCCCCUGAGUGAGCGGCUGAGGGAUGUUCCCGGGGCGAAGAUGGUGGUGGAUGUUGUUCGGAUUAACAACGCUACAGGUGCCGCCCAGCUGAGGAAGGUGGUGCAGUUUGUCUGUGGCAACGCGUUGGUGUGUGACACCAUCAAAGAAGCAAAGAGUGUGGCCUUCGACGGGCGGGAGCGCAUCAAGACAGUCGCUCUGGACGGGACGCUGUUUUCAAAAUCAGGCACGAUCUCUGGAGGCUCCAGCGACCUGCGGGCCAAAGCUCGUGUCUGGGACGAGAAGGACAUGCUGCGGCUGAAGGAACGCAAGGACCAGCUGACAGCAGAGAUGCGCGAUUUGAUGAAGCUGAAGCGGAAGGACUCAGACCUGAAGGAGGUCGUUGCUCAGGCUCAGGGCGCUCAGACUCGCCUCAAAUACUCCAAAACUGACCUGGAUAACAUUAGGAAGAAAGACAUCCUUAAAUGCCAAGCGGAGAUUUCUCGUAUGGAGAGUGAGUUAGCAAACCUGGACUGUCAGAUCCAGAUGCAGCAGGAGAGCGUGGAGACAAAGGACGCAGAGAUGGGGAAGAUCAGAAAGCGGGUCGACCAGAUGGAGGACCUGGUGUUUUCUGACUUCUGUGCUGAGAUCGGAGUGGACAACAUCAGACAGUACGAGCAGGAGAACCUGAAACAUCAGACCGAGAUUGACAAUAAACGCCUGGAGUUUGAGAGUCAGUGCACUCGCCUGAACGCACAGCUGGAGUACCAACAAGAACAACUGGGGCAGCAGAAGAAUAAGCUCCACAAAAUGGAGGAAACCAUCGACAAGGAGGAGAGAACCAUGGCCGAGCUGAGGAAGGAGGAGGAGAGGCUGCUGGUUGCGGUGGAGGAGAGUCAGAGCAAAAAUCUGGAGUUGAAGAACCAGCUGCUGGCCAAGAAGAGCCAGAUGGCCGCUGCCAAAGCUGAGCUGGACCUGAACACCCAGAGCCUCCAAGGGAUCAACAAAGAGUUGGUGAAGUUCCAGCGCGAGGUGAUGUCUGCAGAUUCGGCUUUGGAGCACAAACGUUUGUUCAGACACAACAUGCUGCUCGGCUGCAAGAUCCAGGGUCUGCCCAUCGUCCUGCUGUCAGGGAACUUCAACGAGAUCAGCGAGGUGCAGCUGGACACAGAAACUGAAAGCACUUCAACCAUGAACACCUUGAGCAUCUAUGAGAGAGAGGCACAGCUGAUCAUCGACUACUCUGGCCUGGACGAAGAUUUUAGGAGUCUAGAGGCUGAGAAGGAGGUGCAGGCGCACAUUGACAGGCUGAAGGAGUCCAUGUCCUCCAUCGAGGGAGUUCUGCAGCGCACCACCGCCCCCAACCUCAAAGCUCUGGAGAAGAUGAGGGAGGUGAAAGACAAGCUGCAGGGAGUGUCCGAUGCGUUUGAAGCCUGCACCAGAGUGGCCAGAAAGUGCAGUCAGGAGUUUGAGCUGGUGAAAGCAAAGCGCCUGCAGCUCUUCACUCAGUGCUUUGAUCACGUGUCUGUCGUCAUCGAUCAGAUCUAUAAAAGAAUCUGCAGGAACAACAGCGCCCAGGCCAUUCUGAGUGCAGAGACUCCUGAAGAGCCGUACCUCGGCGGCAUCAACUACAACUGCGUGGCUCCGGGGAAACGCUUCAUGUCUAUGGACAACCUGUCGGGUGGAGAGAAGGCUAUCGCUUCCCUCGCCCUGGUGUUCGCUAUCCACAGUUUCCGCCCCGCUCCCUUCUUGAUCUUGGACGAGGUGGAUGCAGCGCUGGACAAUACAAACAUCGGCAAAGUGACGAGUUUCAUCAGAGAGGAGUCCAGAGAGAACUUGCAGAUCAUCGUCAUCUCCCUGAAAGAGGAGUUCUUCUCCAAGUCUGACGCUUUGCAGGGAGUCUACUCAGAUUUUGAUGAAUGCAUGUUCAGCCGCAUUCUGACCCUGGACCUGCAACCCUACCCUCUGGUGGAAGAUGAAAAUGGAAAAUAGGCAGAAAAGUAGAUGAACCUGAAUGAAGCCCUGGCAUUUUUUGUCUCUUACAAUUAUGCUUUCUCGUGUUUAAACAAGUUAUCUUCAAGUUAAAUAUCUUAUAGAUCAAAGGAGGAUUUCUAUGUUCAAUUUUAGCCUGUCUUACUAGGUUGGUUUUACUAAAAAGAUGUUUGUUAGUGAGUCUGUUCUAUGUUAAUGUGAAAUAAUCUUACACAUUUUGUCAAUAACAAAUCUUAAAUGCAGCAUUUCUGCUCUUACGAGUUACAACAUUCAAUUGGUUGAAUUGCAAAAACAGCAGCGUUAAAAUAUUAAUAUUUUCAUGUUUUAAAAAGUGUUGUGGCUGUUUAUAUAUCCAGAAAGUUUCAUAUUAUUCCACUGUUAUUAAUGUUGGCAUGUUAGGCCUUUGUUUUUUAUACGUGUUCAUUUUAAAUGUUUUGUAUUCCAGUUGUGCUUUUAAGCACGGCUUUUGUCCUGUUAAUCUACAGUGUUAAAGAUGAACUUGACUGUAUGUUUUUAUUACAAUGUGGAGGUCUGAAUUGGCCACACAAGAGCACAAUUAAAUUACACAUUAAAAAAAUAUUG